UCAGCGUCGCUCCUGUAUUGCCGGCGCUAGGGUUUGGAUUUAGCGUGCGAGGAGCUCCACAGCCUCUCUCUCUCUUUGGCCGACGCUUCCGUUCCUUCGUUCCUCGUUCUUCUCCCCUGAUCGGUCAUGGCAGAACAGACAGAAAAGGCAUUCUUGAAGCAGCCAAAGGUGUUUCUAUGCUCAAAAAAAUCUGGAAAGGGAAAGAGGCCUGGAAAAGGUGGUAAUAGAUUUUGGAAGAGUAUUGGUCUUGGCUUCAAGACCCCCAGAGAGGCUAUUGAAGGGACCUACAUUGAUAAGAAAUGCCCAUUCACUGGGAAUGUUUCAAUUCGAGGUCGCAUCUUAGCAGGCACAUGCCACAGUGCCAAAAUGAACAGAACCAUCAUCGUACGCCGUAACUACCUUCACUAUGUGAAGAAAUAUCAAAGAUACGAGAAGAGGCACUCCAAUAUUGCUGCACAUAUAUCUCCUUGUUUCCGUGUGAAGGAAGGUGACCAUGUUAUUAUUGGUCAGUGCAGGCCGCUGGCGAAGACUGUUAGCUUUAAUGUACUAAAAGUCAUCCCAGCUGGAUCAACAAGCGGUGGUGGGAAGAAGGCCUUUGCAGCAGUUUGAAUUUUGCUAGAAAUGCCUGAAAGAUUUGCAUUUUGUGGUGGACUAUGUUCAGAUUUCUGAUAGUUUGGUUAUGGUUAGUUCAUUUUAUUUUGCAAAGUGUGGUAAACACCAGAAAAUUAUUUCGGAUUUUGUUGAAAUGAUAGAGAAUGGAGUAAAACUUGUACUCAAUGCCCAUGGAAUUGAUUGAGAUAAGACUGUUGUUCCUUGUUUUA